GCCAAAAGGGUAAACAUUAUAUUCAAUCAAGUGCUCUUCGUUCAAUUCUUUGGUAGCAUAUUGAUAUUAUGUACAAGUGUGUAUUGCUUAUCAAUGCAUAUUAGAGAGCUGCCUACAACUGUGUCUUUAUUAGUAUACACCACUUGCAUGUUAGUACAAAUCUUCGUUUACUGCUGGUCCGGAAACGAAGUAAUACUUAAGAGUAUGAGCAUAGCAGACACAAUAUAUCGUAUGGAUUGGCCAUUAUUGUCAAUCAACGAAAAAAAAGAAUUGCUGAUGAUUAUGAUACGUAGUACAGUUCCUAUAAAGUUCACUAGCAGUUUCUUGAUAACUAUAUCUCUUCAAUCUUACAGCAAUAUUUUAAAAACAUCAUACUCUGCAUUUAACGUUCUUCAAAAAUGAAAUAUAUAUGUACAUAUGAUGUAUAAUCAAAAGUGCGACGUACUUGUGAGCAUAACAAUUAUGUAGUUUUUCGUAAAUAUAGUAAUAUAGUAACAUUA